AUCUUAACCAUUAGAAAAUAGACUGAAGUUCUAUGUAACCUUUAUAGUCUUCAACUGUUACAGAAUAAGUGUUCAGUUUCUCAAUAUUUUUUAACCGGCAUUGUUAAUGUAAAUAGUAACAAUUAAUAUUAUAUUUAAUUAAAUUUGGGAAUAAUUUUAACUUCGAAUGAUUGGUUAUAUUGAGGUUUACUGUACUCAGAAAAAAAUGAGUAUGAGAUCACAUAAGAUUCCAAGUUAUAAGUUUAUAGUUUGAAUUCUGAAUAUUAAUUUUUAAUUGAACGAAGUCAAUUAUAUUUCGCAAUAAAUAUGAAAUAAAAUUUACAGUGAUCGUAUAUAUACAUAAAUUUAUAUUUAUUACAAUGUGGCAUAAUUCGAAGUCGUUCGUUUGUACAAGAUAUAUAACAAAAUGGAGCAACUUCGUUUUUUAUAAUCGACAAAGAGUAAAACACAGUAGUACAAAAUCUACAUUAGUAACAAAUGAAGAUGUUGAUGAUCCGCUUCCUAAAGAUGCAAAAGUUGUUAUAUGUGGAGGUGGAGUUAUGGGUGGUGCUGUCGCUUAUCAUCUUUCACUCAUGGGACUAGGUCCUCAAACAGUUAUCAUAGAGAGUGGCAGGAUGGGCGGUGGUACGACAUGGCAUACUUCAGGAUUAGUUGGAGCAUUUAAGCCAAGUUUGUCGCAAGUUAAACUUGCACAGGAUAGUAUAGCACUGUAUAAAGAAUUGGAAGAGAAAGGUUUACCAACAGGCUGGAAACAGUGUGGAAGUCUAUCUUUAGCACGUACAAGAGAUCGUAUGACUGUGUUUCGACGAAUGAAAGCACAGUCUAUAUCGCGUAAUAUUGAAUGCCAUUUGGUUACACCGAAGCAAGUACAGGAAAUAUGUCCACUAUUACGGGUGGAUGAUUUAAUUGGUGGAUUAUGGAUUCCUGGUGAUGGUGUAGGAGAUCCUUAUCAAAUUUGCUUAACAUUAAUAGGAGAAGCAAAAAAGAAAGGUGUUAAAGUGUUUGAGAACUGCAAAGUUACUAAAGUUGUUACUCAAAAUGGUAGAAUUGAAGCUGUGGAAACAAUGCGUGGCACCAUAGAAUGUGAGCAUUUUGUUAAUUGCGCCGGAUUUUGGGCACGUAAUGUAGGUAAAUUAAGUGAACCAUAUGUAAAGGUACCUCUUCAUCCUGUAGAGCACUAUUAUUUACACACUAAAGAUAUUGCUGGAUUAGAUCCUAUGACACCUGUUGUGAGAGAUUUGGACGGUUAUAUUUAUUUUCGAGAAAAUAAUGGUAGGCUUUUGGCUGGUGGCUUCGAACCUAUUGCAAAGCCUGCAUUUGAAGAUGGAGUAAUCCCUGAAAGCACAGAUGAAAGGUUUUUACCCGAAGAUUGGGAUCACUUCCACAUUUUACUUGAACAAAUGCUACAUAGAAUCCCGAAUUUAGGAAAUGCAAUUUUGGAAAGGUUGUGUAAUGGUCCAGAAGCAUUUUCUCCAGAUUGUAAAUGGAUUGUUGGCGAAGCCCCAGAAAUACGUAAUUAUUACAUUGCUGCUGGCAUGAAAACGGUGGGUAUAUCGGCAGCUGGCGGAGUUGGUCGAGCUACUGCAGAAUUAAUAGUAAAUGGUUCAACAUCUGUAGAUAUGUAUGAAUUAGACGUAUCGCGUUUCUUGGGUCUUCACAACAACCGCAAGUUUUUACGCGAUCGAGUAAAGGAAGUUCCCGGCACACAUUAUGCAUUGCAAUAUCCACACCACGAAUUUAAAACAGGUAGAAAUCUAAGAAUGUCUCCAAUUUAUCCAAGACUUAGAGAAGCAGGAGCUAUUUUUGGCCAGGUAAUGGGAUAUGAACGGCCAACCUGGUUCCAGUUAAACGAAGAUAGUGAUUUGGAAACGAUUGAUGGAUUCCAAAGCUAUAAGAUAGCAUAUACAAAUUCAUUUAGUAAACCACCAUGGUUUGAACCAGUCUCGGAAGAAUAUGCUGCAUGCCGUGAAAGAAUUGGGCUUAGCGAUUAUUCUUCUUUCACUAAGAUUGAUUUAUGGUCAAAUGGUUUGGAAGUAGUAGAUCUAUUACAAUACUUGUGUUCAAAUGAUGUAGAUGUUCCAGUGGGAAGUAUUAUUCACACAGGUAUGCAAAACGAACGUGGAGGCUACGAAAAUGAUUGUAGUUUAGCACGCAUCGCUCCGAAUCAUUAUAUGAUGAUCGCUCCUACUAUACAGCAAACUCGCUGUAAGCAUUGGAUUAAUCGUCAUUUACCUGCUGAUGGCUCGGUUGCAGUAUCCGAUGUAACUUCCGCAUAUACUGCAAUUUGCAUUAUGGGCCCAGCUACUAGACACUUGUUAUCUGAAUUAACAGAUACUGAUCUGCAUCCCAAAAACUUUCCUUUUUUUACGUUUAAGGAAUUAGACGUUGGUCUUGCAAAUGGAAUACGUACAAUGAAUCUUACUCAUACUGGAGAACUUGGCUACGUUUUAUAUAUUCCAAAUGAAUUCGCAUUACAUGUUUAUACAAGAUUGGUAGAAGCUGGAGCUAAAUAUGGAAUAAAGCAUGCUGGUUACUAUGCAACACGAGCGUUGCGAGUGGAAAAGUUUUACGCAUUUUGGGGUCAAGAUUUAGAUACAUUUACCACGCCUUUAGAGUGUGGAAGAACGUGGAGAGUAAAACUUGAUAAAGAAGUGAAUUUUAUUGGAAAGAAUGCUCUAUUGAAACAACGCGAGGAAGGUGUGAAGCGGAAGUAUGUGCAAUUAUUAUUGAACGAUCAUGAUCCUGAAUUGGAUACAUGGUGUUGGGGCAGUGAACCUAUCUUCAGGAACGGAAUAUACUGUGGAAUGACAACUACUACAGGCUAUGGGUUCACAUUUAAAAAACAGGUUUGCCUUGGAUUUGUACAAAAUUUUGAUUCGCAAGGGCGACCACAAGAAGUGACGAAUGAAUAUGUAUUAUCAGGAGAUUACGAAGUUGACGUGGCAGGAAUAAAGUUUCCUGCAAAAUGUCACCUACAUAGUCCAAAUUUGCCAACCAAAUUUCCUGAUAUGGAAAGAGACUCUUAUCAUGCAACACGUGAUCAUCAAGUUGUAUAACUUCGAUAAUACAGAUUCUGAAUGAUGUACAA